CGGUGAUUGUGAUAGCUAGUGUUCGUAGAAGGUCGAGCAAUGUACUUAUAGUUUCGUUUCCGACAUUGUCAUUAUCUGAGGCUUGUGUUACCGCUGAUUGUUGUUUUCUGCUUUCCUUAAAAUUGAACUUUUAUUCUUCUUCCCAUCUCUCCUCACCCUAUUCGGCAUCCUCCCCUAGUGUAUUGUAUCAUCUGGUUAGACACAAACUGCUACACGUUUUAAGAAUUGUUUGGACUGACUGGAUGAUAACUCAACCUUUCAACCUGAGUGGUCCUAGUUUAUCUCACUGAGGUUCAACCCACACUGAUUUUUCUCGACAGUUUGCGUACGAUAUUGUCAAACAACAUGCCUAAUAACAUCAGAGAAAUCGCUAGAAACUAACGGACAGUCUUCUCGUUUGCAACCCACCAGUUCACACGCUACCUUUAAGCUACGAGAAAAUACUAGAGGCUAAUGGAAGCUGUUGCUAACUAUCCAUUUACUCCUACUGAACCUGACGAACUUGGGUUUGAAAAAGGUAGUACUUUAUAUAUUAUUGAUAUGGAAGAGGAUCCGAACUGGUAUAAAGCCCGACAAGGGAACCAAGAAGGCAUGGUACCUGCAAACUAUAUUUCUUUGUAUCCUCAUCCAUGGUACAUACCCAGAUGUAGUCGGCGAGAGGCAGAGGCCAGACUUUUAGAAACUGAUCCGAAUACGAAUCGGGACGUACAACCUGAUGGAGCAUUUAUUUUACGGCAAAGCGAAAAUGAUCCUGGUCAGUUCAGUAUCUCGGUCAAAGAAGGUUCAUCGGUUUUGCAUUUCCGUAUAUUUUUCGAUCCAAGUGGUAAGUAUUACAUCUGGACGAAUAAAUUCGACUCAAUCAAUGCCCUAAUCGAUUAUCAUCGUCAUCAAACAAUAUACGGGGUAAAAGCACUCCUACUACGUGAUUGUGUUUCAAGUAAUACUUUUGGUUCAGUUGGUUCCGGUCCUAAUGUGGUUUUUAAUAACCCUAGCGUUCACACAAAUACUUCUAUCAAGGGUUCCCAACCACAGGCUACCGUUGGUUCACAUUUACAUACUAAAGAGCACCCUGCUCAAAUGAAUGUGGAUUUACCUCCUGGAGUGGUAUUAACAAAUUUAUCGGGACGACAAUGUGUAGCCAAGUUUGACUUCAAUGCUGAGUUUCAGGAGGAAAUGUCAUUUCGUCAGGGAGAUCGUCUUCGACUGCUUGGUGAAGAAGAUGAGAAUUGGUGGUUUGCUGAAUUGAUAACUCAUUCUUCUAGUGGUCAACCAACUUCUCAAGGCUUAAUUCCUGCUAACUAUGUCAAACUCUUAUCAAAUAAUACGUCCAGUUCCACAGUUUCUAACAUGCGUAGUAAUCCUUCUAAAGUUCCACAACCCUCUGCUCAGAUCGCUCGUGCUACUUAACCUCCUUUGUAUAAGUAUAGUUGCAACGCCAAUAUAUGUACACUACCUUAAUAUAUUUGAUGAAUCAAUUUGUCUAAUUUCCACAGUUUUUGUGUUUAUUUUUAUCGUUUUUAUCUGCUUUUGUGGAUGAACUUUCAUGUGAUAACUAUAUGGUAAGUGAUAGAAACUCAUGCUCAUCUCAGUGAAUGAUUCGAAGCUCAAUCUGGAUUUUCUACUUACCGAAAGUUCAUAAUACGAUCGGUUUCCUGUCAGCAAAUUUCAGUUUAAAUCUCAGAGUUAUUUGAAUGUUUUUUUUAAAUGAAAUAAAUUGUACUACUGAGACUAAUUGGUCAUCUUAUUACCCUUAAGUUUCGUGAUUUGUAUUUUUUUUUCAGAGUCGAAGCGUUGCUUUGGUUUUGUUUUUCAUUGUAUUUUUAAAUGAAAUAUUAGUUUCUCUGACUGAUCUACGUUUGCGAAUAUUUAUGUAUGUGGGCUAAAAUGUUUCCGAUGUAUAUAUUUGGUUUUAGGUUAUGUCAUUGUUUAGUGCAUAAUUAUCCGUGUAUAUUGCUAUUAUCAACAUACGCACAUUCUCUGUAGAAAUUUUUUUCUAUAACAGGCCAAUAAAUAGUAGUUGUAUAUCAAACAUCCAAAGUUUCUUCAGCAAGUUCACGUCUUUGUUUCGUUGUCUGAUAUACCAUCAAUUAUGACUACCUCUGUUGUAUGGUUUUUUUACAGACUGUUAGAACUAAAUUUUCUUUCAAAUGGUCAUGUUUUUUUUUUCGAGAUUUCGCC